AUGGUCAAAGAAGCAAUAAGCACUUUUGUUGAGCACGAAGUUGUGAUAGUAGUCAAAGAAGGUCUUGCUAUUUUUCCACUUAUUCUCAGAAUUGGUAUUGUAUCACGAACGGCUGUUAGUAAGAAAUGUUGA